AUGUGCGAUACUGUUCGUUCAUCCACUUUGAUUGAGCCUGUCGCUGUAUUCGAUUCUAUCCUGACACCAAAGAAACGAAAACCUCGAAUCUAUGAUCUUACUUGUCAACCAUUGAUUGACAGUAAUCAAGUCAAACGAUCUAGAUUACAUCCUUGUGAUGACAGCACAUCAUCAGAGUUACACAAGUUCAAUUCAAUCAAACCAGUGGAUCUGACCCUAGAUUUAAAAGAUACUUCCACUCUGAAACCUUGUUUUGGUGGCCGGAUUGGAAUGACAUUUAUUACUGGGCAUAACAGUCAAAAAAGAAUCCGGUUUCAGGAUCUGGUUGACAAGGCAACAUUGAAAAAGGCUUGUUUGUCUUCGUUUAGUAUAGAUGACGAUUGGCUUUGUGAUGUGUUUCCAUCCACCAUCAAGAUUUGUCUGGCUAGACCCAAACCCAAAAUGGUACCAGAAAGUGUGGACAAAUUACCUGUGACAAAUAAUAUUUUGUGGGUAUUUCCUAAAAUGUCUGCUGGAUAUGGUGCAAUGCACAUCAAGUUUCAGCUGUUGUGGUAUCCCAAGUUUUUAAGAGUGGUGAUCACAUCUGCAAAUUUGAUGCCGCAUGACUGGCAAGAGCUUGAAAAUGUAGUGUUUUAUCAAGACUUUCCUAUUUUAAAUUCUCGAGUACGUCAAUCUCAACACUCAGAAACAGCGUCCUCGUCAACCAACGAGUUUUCUAAAACUCUUUACAACUUACUCGUCUCUAUGAAUAUUCCGCAAUCCGUCAUAGCCAGUGUGCAGAAACACGACUUUUCAAAAGCACUCGGCAUGCUUGUUGUGUCAUUACCAGGAAAACAUGAUGCAACAAGUAUGGAAACUCGACAAUUUGGAUCAAUGGGGUUAUGUACAGCGUCUCAAGUGAUUUCACGUCAGUUUCGGUUUGAUUUAGAGCAAGCCAUAGUGUGUAUGCAGACAGCGUCGAUGGGAUCAACCCAUCCUGCUUGGCUACGAUACAUGCUGUCGGCAUUCAGAGGACAAGACGUCAUUCCAGAAACCCCAUCACUUGCAUCGUUUUUCACUCAAUCCAUGUCAUCUAUUGAACCCAUCACCAUUUUGUUUCCCUCGCGUCGGACAGUAGAAACGUCGCGCAACGGUAUACCUGGUGGUGGAACUAUAUUUUUUUCAAGCAAGUUUUGGUCCACGUUUCCACGCCAUAUUAUUCGUGAUGGCGUAUCCAAAACCCAAGGGAUUCUCAUGCACUCAAAAAUUAAUGUGGUGAUUGGAAUCGGAUACAUUGACCUUUUGGCCACGUCUCAACAACUCGACAUUGUGUCUGUUCCUAUACACACUCAAGACAAUGCUCAUGAUCACAAUACGAAAUUGGAAAAAGAAAUCCAUGGAUAUAUUUACUGUGGAUCACAUAAUGCAACGCAGGCUGCAUGGGGAAGCGUCCCAGUUAUGCGCUCUUCUGUCUCGACAUCAAGCCAAUCAUGCAAAAGUAUACAACAUGGACAUUUACAGGUUGAGAUUAAGAAUUGGGAGCUUGGUAUACUUUUGCCUUUUCGGAUCAGAGAUGUGUGUAGUCAUUCAAGUGUUGGAUUCAAUCCAGAUCUCAGUUUUGUGCUACCGUUCGAGUAUCCUCCUGCCAAGUAUGGACCCACAGACAAGCCAUUCAGCCAGUACUAA